AUGAAUAAUGAUAUAGUAAAAAAUCCUGUGUGUAACGAAGAAGAAGACUUUUCGUAUCAAAAGAUACUAGAAAAGGCUAAUUUCGAUAAUGCAAUUGAAAUUAGCAGUAAAAUUAACGAAGUUAUAGAUCAAAAUCAAUCGUUAUAUGCACAGAUCAGACAGAUCUCACAAGAUAAUAUAGAAUUGAAAAAUAAAUUAAAUAUCGAGAUUUCAAAAAACAAUGAAUUGAAACAAUCAAAUAAAAAAUUAAAUGAAAAUAUGAUUUUCCAGCUUCAUAAUAAAGAAGAAACUUAUAAAAAAGAAAUUAAUAAAAUAAAGAAGAAAUUCAAUUUAGAAAUGCAGAAAUUAUCACAAGAUUUCAAUAAAGCAAUAAAAGAAAACCAAAAUUUGAACACACAAAUUAAAGAAUUUAUUGCAAAGGAACAUCGAAAUUUAGAAGCUAUUUCGUUUUAUUUUGAUCAUGAAAUCACCUCAUUUGAUGAUUUAAUAGAUUCAAUCAGUAAGUUUUUCAAGCAAGACACCAUUAUUAAAUCACCCAAAAAUAAACCCGUUCAACAAAAUGAAAAACUAAAACAAUCGGCCAAGGAUGAUGAAAUGAAACGCAAAUAUAAACUUCUAAGCUCAAAGUUAAAAGAAAAAGAGAGUGAAAUCAAACAACUUCAAAUGAAAUUCGAUGUUCAAAAAAAUAAUGUCAAAGAUUUUGAAGUUAACUCGGCGAAAAUAUUGUCUCUGACAAGGAAAUUAGAAAGCACUGAAGAAGAUAAGAAAUUGCAAGAAGAGGAUUAUCAACAUCAAAUUAAACUUCUAAACCUUAAAAUCGAGAAUUUGAAAACCGAAAUUUUGAGACUUAAAAAUAAUUCAAAUUCAACUCAAAUAAAUUUAGUCCAGACACCAAUAAAGCAAGAAAUCUUAAAUAAUUUCUCUCCUAAAAAAGAUGAAUUGAAACAGAACGAUGAUUCCACAUAUGAGGAACUGAAUGCUAGAGUCAAAGAAUUGUCUUCAGAACUCGAGAACGUUAACAAAGAACGUCAAAAAUUAAUUGAAAAAAUCCAAAUAACAGAAAAUGAAUUCGAAAAUUAUAAAAUUAAUACAUUGAAGCAAGAAAAUGAUUUGAAGUCAUUAUCUGCCAUCCAUGAAGAGACUCUUAAUGAAUUAGAAAGUCUAAGAGAUGCUCUUCAUUCUCUUAACAUCAAAAAGCAAAAGAAAGGUGUUAAAGCAAUUAGAAAGAUUGAAGAAGAAGCCAAUAGCAAACUUGAAAAGGCUCAAACUAUAGCAGAUAACUACAAGCAGCAGAUUAAUGAGUACCAAAUUACAAUUACUCAAUUAAACGAGAAAAUCAAUUUACUUAAUUUAAGGAAUACAGAAGUAGUAAAGGAAAAUGAUAAUCUCAGUAAAAAAUUAAUGGAAUAUCAAGAAAAACUUGAUGCAGAAGUUGCUAAAAGUGCUGACAUCGUUUCAAAACAAGAUAAGGAGGCAAUUCCGAUCUCAUCCUGGUGUUUUAACGGAUUCGAUAAAAAGCUUUCUAAUAAAAUUGAAUUCAUUGGAAGGAAUGAAAAUCUGCAAACAUCUUCCAAAAUUCAAACUGCUUUCAAUACAAUUGCAAAGUUUUACAACAAGAGAAUUAAAAUAUUAAAUGAUGAAUCGUCCGCACUGAAUCAACAGUUAGAAUUUGUUAAAGACCGAUUUUCUAAGUUUAUUGUUGAUUUGUCAAUUGUAGUAAUUGGAAAAUCAACAUCAUUAGAUGAAAUUUUAUCAAAUAAUGGGCAAUACUUAAUUAAUCAAGUAAAUUCCUUAAAGAUUGAUCAUGAUACUCUUUCUCGGCAAGUAAAAGAAUUGUCAAUCAAAUUAUUUAAGGUUAAUAAAUUGUUUGGCAAAGAAAGCCCAAAGAAAUUCAAACAGCGCACAGAAAAAUUAAUAAAUGAGAUGCAUACUAAAAUUGAUAGAUUAGAAAGGAAAUAUAAGAAAUACAAAUCAUCAUUUUGCUCACUUAAAUCAUCUAAAGAAAAUGAUGACAUCGAAAUGAAGGCAAAUCUUGAAAAGCUCACAGCAGAAAAUAAUCAAUUCAAAUCAGAUCUUCAAGAUCUAACAAAGACAAAUUCAGAAUUAAAAUCACAAAAUCAAGAACUCAAUUCAAAUCUCAGAAAUGCAGAACAUAAACUUGAUGAAGAAAGCACAAAGCAUAAACAAGAAGUUGCUGAAUUAAAUAAUCAGCAUGAAGCAGACAAAAGCAAACAUAUGAAGGAUAUGUCUGCGGAAAUCAAAAGAGUUACAGAGCAAUUGAAACAAUCAAGCAAUAAUUGUGAUGACAGUAAAGCGCAGAUAAGCCGAAUGAAAAAUGUAAUUGCUGCUCAAAAAGCUACAAUUGAGCAAAUUUCGGCAGAUCGAGAAUAUCAAAAGAAAGUCAAUGAAAUUACUUUGAACUCUCAAGAAAAGAAAUUCCAAGUUGAGAAAAAGCAAAUUACUGAGUCUUACGAAUCAACAAUCAAAAAUCUGAAAGACCAAAUAAGUCAGCUUAACAGGGAUAUCAUAAAACUUUCUUCAAAAGAAUGA